ACUCAUAACAUAAUGUCUACUGCCCCAUCAGGAAGAGGAAAGACCGGAGGAAAGGUCGGAGGAAAGGUCGGAGCCAAGAGACACAGAAAGGUGUUGAAGGACUACAUCCACGGAAUCACCAAGCCCGCCAUCCGUCGUCUUGCACGCAGAGGAGGUGUGAAGCGUAUCUCGUUCCCCAUCUACGAGGAGAUCCGUAACGUUCUCCGUAACUUCUUGGAGAAUGUGGUCCGUGACUCUGUCGCCUACACUGAGCACGCCAACAGACGUACUGUCACUGCCAUGGAUGUCGUCUAUGCCCUCAAGAAGCAAGGUCGUACCCUCUACGGUUUCAACUCAUAA